AUGGGUGGCCAGAGAGUGGAGCCAGAGAUGUAUCGGGAGGGAACGAAUGGCAACAGACUCUGUGGACGUCAGACUCUGUGGACGUCAGACUGUGGACGUCAGACUCUGUGGACGUCAGACUGUGGACGUCAGACUCUGUGGACGUUAGACUCUGUGGACGUCAGACUCUGUGGACGUCAGACUCUGUGGACGUCAGACUCUGUGGACGUUAGACUCUGUGGACGUCAGACUCUGUGGACGUCAGACUCUGUGGACACUCUGUGGACGUUAGACUCUGUGGACGUCAGACUCUGUGGACGUCAGACUCUGUGGACAUCAGACUCUGUGGACGUCAGACUGUGGAUGUUAGACUCUGUGGACGUUAGACUCUGUGGACGUCAGACUCUCUGGACGUUAGACUCUGUGGACGUCAGACUGUGGACGUCAGACUCUGUGGACGUCAGACUCUGUGGACGUCAGACUCUGUGGACGUCAGACUCUGUGGACGUCAGACUCUGUGGACGUCAGACUCUGGACGUCAGACUGUGGAUGUUAGACUUUGUGGACGUCAGACUCUGUGGACGUCAGACUCUGUGGACGUCAGACUCUGUGGACGUCAGACUCUGUGGACGUCAGACUCUGUGGACGAUCAGGGCCCGGCUGCACUCUGCGCUCUCACCUCAGCAAACACACACCAGGACUGACACCAGAGGCACAGACACCAGAGGGACUGAGACCAUAGGGGCACCAGAAGCACAGACACCAGAGGCACAGACACCAGAGGGGCAGACACCAGAGGCACAGACACCAGAGGCACAGACACCAGAGGGGCACCAGAAGCACAGACACCAGAGGCACAGACACCAGAAGGGCAGACACCAGAGGCACAGACACCAGAGGCACAGACACCAGAGGGGCACCAGAAGCACAGACACCAGAGGCACAGACACCAGAGGGGUAGACACCAGGGAACAUGCAGUAUCUUCAGUGCUGUUGUAUCGUCUCGCUCAAACAUGA